AUAUCGCAGGCGAUUGAACUAUGAGCAUUAUGACGACAUAGACAUAGCGCAGCGAAUUAAGAUCCAGCGGCUACACUGGCUGGGUCAUGUCGUCCGAAUGGAUACAAGCGCUCUGGCUCUGAAAGUAUUUGCUGCUGGUAGUAGAGAAAGAGGAAGACCUCCUCUGCGUUGGAAUGAUCAGGUGAAGAAGGACUUGGCUUCAGUUGGUGUGCCAAACGGGUGCCGGUUAGCACAAGAAAGAAACGACUUAUUUCACCAAUGGUAACUCCUUUUUUAUGUUUCAACCCUCGAAUUGUCUUUGGAUGGGUGACAUCUGGCAUUUAUGCUUAAUAGCCCUUCAUAAAAAUAGUCUAAUGAAGGCAAAUCGAAGUUUCUAGGUGAUCAUAGCAUACAUAAUACCGUUUGACUGAUUAUUCGCAUUUCGCAUUUUCGCAUUUCAAUGAUUUUCGAAUGGUUAUAAUGGAAUGUUUGAAUGGAAGAACGAUCGAUUUGUGAGGGACUAACCAUAAAUUAAAUUUCUGCCACAUCGUAGAUAUUCGCAGAGAGUCGUAGCAUAAUAGCUUGAAUGCAGAGAUAUAAGAGUUUAUUAAUGCCUUUAUAAUUUUAUCUUUAGGGAUUUCUAUAAGUUCUGUAAGCUAUAUCUAUGUAAGGGGAUUCUCAAACAAAAUUUGAUGGGUUUCCACUAAGCUGGAACCUAACUUAUUACGCCGUUGCAAUAAGAGCUUAAUGAGGUCAAAUUAAAAAGUAAAUCUUCCAACAAGGGAUACUAUAGCUACCUAUCAUGGGCUAAAAUGUGAAAGAGUUUUAGUUAUAAUAUGUUCCAAAAAAGUUAUCUUCUUAUCAUUGCACAUGAAAUUAUUGCAAAUAUUUAAAAUCUCAGAUGUAAGACUCUUGAGAUUUCGAUAAACUCUCCAAACAAACGUCCAGACUUAGAAAAUCCGAACGAAAAAUCCCACUUUGACCCAUUUAGAGUGCUCCAAUUGAGUCCAAAUGUAUGACCGACCCCGACUAACUUUGGACGGCCGAUCCACCCAUGCCAGUGGCACACCCUCUGGAACUCCCCUGGGGGUUCCCCAUACAAUCAUUUCAAAAUAUCACCAUUUUUGGCCCUUACAUGAGAAAAGAAACUAAAAAGUUCGACCCAAAUUGGGGGACAUCAGAAUUCGUUUUAAAGGUAUGGUUCCUUCGGCAAAGUUUCUUAUUUUGAUCCCUAGAAUAUGAUUUUCACAGAGCAAAGGGCGAUUUUUUUGCCACCCCACAAAAGACACUAAAAGUUUGACCCAAAUUGGCGGACAUCAGAGUUCGUUUUAGAGGUAUGGUUCCUUCGGCAAAGUUUCUUAUUUUGAUCCCUAGAAUAUGAUUUUCAUAAAGCAAUGGGCGAUUUUUUUGCCUCCCCACAAAUCGACCUGGUCUAAUAUAUAUAUAUAAUAUUUUGUAUAUAUAUGUAUAUAUAAUAGAUUUGCAUCAAUAACAUGUUAAGAAGUAGAAUUCAGGAAGGUGUCUUUAUCAUUUUUACUACAAUAGUAAAAUCCAGCAGCAUACAGUGAGUGACAGUGAUAAUCAUUUACGUAAAUAUACUCGCAGUGAAACCAGUUGUGUGCCAGAAGUCCUUCUAAGACUGCCUGAGACAUUUUGGCUUUCGUUGGUAAGCGGCAAAAUGAGAUACAUAACUUUUCUUUGUAGGCAUAUGGGCAAAGAAACGCUCAAUCUCCGAUUCAGCUAGUGAUUACGGCUAAAAUAGUAACGUUUCCACGGUAGUCGGUUCUACAGAUUUACAUGUAUUAGACCAAAGGCUCUCCACUGUUUUCUCAAAAAAGGCAUCCUCAGAAAAUUUACUUCGUAAGAACUUUUUAUCAGUCCAUGUCUAUGGAAACUAUAUUUCGAAAAAGCUAUGCAAAUCGUGUAACCUCUUUAUGUUUUUUCGCAAACCUUGCAAAAGCUUCCGAAAAUUGCGCAAAUACACUAAAAGCUUUUAUAUUACCUACGUAGCGGUAUUCCAAACCAAUUCCUCACAGCUGUGAGUAAAGCUUUCCAACAGCUGGGUCACUGUUUCAUCAGCGCAUAGCAUUCCCACGCGCCUAUCACUUUUGUUUUGUUACCGUCAUUCGCGUGCACCCAAAACUCAGUAAAGCUGAUGGAAAUAACUAAACUUAGAACAAAAACAAAUCGCAGCAUCCAAGACACGCCACACACACUCUUGCGAGAGCUGGCAGCUCAGAGAGUAACGAAUGAGUAUUAGUGUUGCACAUGUGUGCGAGCAUUUGUAUGUGUACUUUGUGUGCUAGUGAGCGAACUCUACAAAGCAGAGCAUUUGUACAUCAAAAAAUACAUACAUAUGUACAUUAUCAGGUCACAGCAGCCACCCACAACCAGCUGUAUACCUCUUCAAACCCUCGCAACUGCGAUUCUAAUCCAAACAAAUCACCAGCAGCUUAGUGUUUGUGGUUAACUUUUUGUUGUCUUUUUUAACUGUAUUUUUGGCGCGCAUGUGUUGCCAUUGCUGUUGAACCUCUUGCCGGCGUCAAGUCAGUCCGUCCAUCCGCCCAACUGUCAGCUGGCAAUGCACGCACACCAUUUUAAGUGGUGAUGUGUUGUCCCGGCAAGUUGGUGUUGGAUGGGAUAGCGGCUACAGCACUCCACUCUUCUUAUCGCUGGCAGUAAACACUUUUCCUAAGUCUCCAAAGAAAGUGUUGAUGUUUGUAUCGGCAUGUUAUCGCAGAUGCCGGAGAAAAGUUUUUCAUAUAUGUGUCAGUGUGCGAGCGGAGGAGGAAGUUGCGUAUAUCAGUAAGUUUGUGUAUGCGUGUGCGUGGCGCUUACUCGCCGCCGCCAAUUCAACUCGGAAAUCAGUUCGUGUUUUGAAUUUCUCCGGAUCGCAUGUAAGCAGCGGAAGAUUGCCUCGAGUGGAACGAACGUGUGUGAAAAAAACAAAAGUGAAAAAAAGUGGUUGAAGAAAUUGCAAGCCACAAUAAAAAUAGUUGCAACAGAACUUUAACUUUGUUGAAAAUAAUUGCAAUGGCAGCAAAUUGCUGAAAUGUGCGGAAAGAGGAAAGAAAAAAGGCAUAAAAUAAAAUGUAUUAUUAAAAAUUGGAAGUGACUGGAAUAAACGUCGUGAAGCAGAUUUGAUGACAAUCAAGGUAGUGAGCCGUUAGUGGCAGUUAAUGAAGGUGGAAAAUAAGAAGCAGCCAGAAUAGUGCAAAGAGGAAAGAAAAGUAAGGGGACGUAAGUGGAAGUGGAGGAGUUACGUGUGUCGCAUUGUAGAAAUCCAGUCUUAGGGUCUUAAUCCACGUUUGUGCGACAGCAAAAUUAACGGAUCACCACUAAGUGGUACAACUCAACUCGUAUGUGGCAAGAAGCUCUUAAAGUCCUGCCACGAAACAAACGGCAUGUCAGCAAAUUAACGAAUGAAUAAAUCGUCACUUGACCAACUAAGAGAGUGUGGCAACUUUGUUGUGAUAACCACCGGGCGAUAUAACGAAUGACGAAGUUGUUUUAUAUUUUACAAUAUAUCAGCAAAGUAUAUUAAUUAUAGCAAAGUAUAUAUAGUGUGUGAGUGUGAAUAUAUGAGCUGGUGAUAAUAAUGAUGUGGCUGCUGAUGGCGUUUGCCGAUACAAUGCUCGGCGAAUCAUGCGGAACAAUGUAAUUAACUUGCAGCAGAGCAAAGGAAUGAAAGCAAAAAACCAAUAACAAAAACAACAACAAUCAUAUAAUAAGUAAUCGUCAUCGUUGUUGUUGCUGAAACAGUAGGAGUCGACAAAAUUUUCAUUGGAAGCGAAUUAUAAUUGGGCAAGCGGAAAUUUGAGGCAACAGCAGCAAUUAAAAUAAAAAAUAAAAGUAAGCAAAAGUAGAAGUUAUACUCGUAAUAAUACAACAACGUAGUGGGAUACUACAAAUGGCUAAAAAAAAUUGCGAGCAAAUAUGCAGGUGGCGCGCGAAAUCGAAAAUUUAAUGUAAAAACAACACCAGUGAGUGUGGCAACUACGAGCAUGCCAAUUACAACUUCAAUGGAGCAGUAACGGUAAAGCGCUUAUUUAGUUUUUGCAGAGCAAUAAGAGAGGCAUUACAGCAAUAACAAUUUUAAGCUGCCACUAUUGGAGACAACCAUUUUUAACAGCAAACGCAGCGUGCAACAAGCCAGCUCUAUAAGCGAAGCUUAAAAUAUCAACUACAGUAGACACAACAACAACCGGCACAACAAUAAUUUCAGUAACAUCACUGAAGUCAAUAGGAAGAGUAACUGCAUUGGCAACAAACAACUCUAUGGAAUAGCUUACGUAAAGCUCGAUACGAUUACUUGCAAAAUAGCGGCGCGGCACUAAAGCAGCGCAGUGUUGCCUGCUUACUUUGAGAACACAACGAGCAAUAAAAGCACUAAUAUAAACAACCAUAACGCAACGUUAAUUUCCUUCAGUUGGGCUUACAUAAAAUUGCAAAGGGCACCAAAGGGCUACUUGCCAACAACAACAGUGGUGUGGUUGCGCCAUUGAAACUGCAAAAAAUAAGUCACAUUUCCGUUAGCUUUACGACGACUUACAAUACAAUUAUAACGGUACAUAUACAACGCCCGAGAAUAAUAGUAUAAAACAACGUCAACAUCAAUGAAUGGCGGUUUCCGCAUAACUGGCUAUCCGGCUGCCGCCGCAGCGACAACGGCGGCAAGCAGCGCUGGAACAACCACAACCCCCGGGACGACAUUGACAGCGUGUAACAACACGCCGUCCAACAGCGCAAUGAUGCACAAUGCCACCGGAAACACAAAUAAAAUUAACAACGAUGUUGCCAGUCAAGGUAUCUGUGGCAACAAUAAUACUUUUGCGAACCACUUUAAUCCGUUGCGUACGCCAAAUGGCAGCAUUGCAAGUCAACAGUCGCAGGCGCAGCAACAAAAGCAGCAAAUGCAAUUGAAACAAUUACAAUUGCAACGAGAGCAACGCGAGCGCGCUCUAGAUUUGCACAUCAGCGAAUACCAACCGCCAACACCGACACAAUUCACCACCGUGGCGCCACCGCUUUGCGGUAACACAGCCGCACCGAUCGCGUUGAAAGGCAAUAAUCCUUUUCUGAAUAGUCCUUCGCCCACAGACACAAUGCCUACGGCGGCAAUGGCUUUCGGCUAUGCGGCUACAACUACAACAACAAUGACGUCAGCAAUGCCACUGGUAUGCGGAAACACGAAUAAUGUUGCAACGCCGCCCAAUACUAGCGGCUAUGAGAUGCCUGAGUAUGCGGAGCCGCAACGUUUUCGAGCACACAAACAACCACGACCGCAUAGCAUUGCCGUGGCGUCCAUGAGUGCCAGCAUGUCGGCAACUACUGCAGCAAAUGUGACCACCACAUCCACUUCGGGCGCGACCAGCUACAGCAGCAGUACCAACGAUCUGGCUUUUAGCACUUUGCGACGCACACCCAAGGCGCUGCCGAACAGCUUUGUUGACUACGCCUCCAGACAUCAGCUACAGCAGGAAGAGCAAUUGCGACUGCAGCAUGUUAAUUUACAGCAACAACAGCAGCGGCUACUGCAAUCAACGCGUCAGCAGCAGCAGUUACGUAGCGUUGGCGCUGGCGGUAGCGGUAGUGGCAGCGGCUUAAGUAAUUCAGGCACACCCGUUUCUAUCGGCACUGCGCCUACUUCAGCAGGCACGCCUACACCCGCCACCAGCGUAGACAAGGAGGCCUUGUAUGCGGCACUCUUUCAACAUUAUCGCAAUAGCCCAACACGCGCGCCACAUGCCACACUGCCGCACAAAAUGGGCGCCGCCAACGUAUCUCAAACACUAGCCACGCAUACCAUUAGUAGCGCUGUGUCUAGCUCCGCAGCAACUACUACCAAUUACUGCCCACCCGUGCCGCUCCACCGAAAUCAAAAUUCGACCAGCGCGGCUCAACAACUCCAUCAUCAACAGCAAGCAUCCAACUCGUUAAUGCAGCAGCCAAUUGUGCCACGUCGUUCGCAUAGCACACCGCGUCCACUCAAGGGCCUCAACGAUCAGCAGCCACAAUCGCCACAGCAGCCACUUCCACCAGCAGUCAAUGGCGGCUUGCAGUUAAAUGGUGGCACAGCGCCACGUCCUCGUAGCUUAGAUCGUUUCAACAGUGAAGCAAAGCCUGCAGGACUCUAUCAACCACCACCAAUACCACUGCGCCGCUUCCCGCCGGGUGUAACAAAUUCACGUCAAUCAAUGGGUAGUCCCCAACCGGACUCAGGCAGCGACACGCCAAAAUUCAGCGGCAAGAAGAGCACCAGCAUUGAUAACAUACGCAACGGACUGUCCUUUACGAGCGCGUCGGAUGUCAGCGCGUUUGCGAAUGGGGCUGGUUUAAUCAGCAGUGCCACCGGUGGUAUGCGCCACUCGGUCACCUUUCACGGUCGCAGCCAAUCGGGUCAGAUCAGCGCGGAGCAUGGUUUUAAUGGAGACGUCACCGCGGCGACAGUAAGUUCUGCUGCCACUGCGCUUGGCAUCACGAACCUCACUAGUUCUGCCUCCUGGCAGAAGGGCGAACGUCCACUUUCCUAUGCUUACGGGGCCAGUGCGCCCGAUCAAGCCUAUCUGGAAAAUCAGCUGCGCGCCUAUUCAGAACAGUUGCGUACUAUAACGGAAAGUGUGCGCAAGUACUCUGAGCAAGCAAAACUGUUAUCGGAAUUAAAGCGCCAGCAGCAACUAGCCAAGGUGCAGCAACUGCAACCGACUAGUGGCAAUAUUAGCUCGCCAACUAUGGGCGGGAAUAUUACUGGCAAUGCCCAACAGAGCCUACAUGUGUCCAGCUCGCAGAGUGGCAGUAAUUUUUCUUCGAAUAUGAUUUCGCCGGAGAUCGUGAGUAAAUCGCUCGCAUCGCUCUGUUCGUCGACGGAAGCGCAGACACCUUCGCAUCAACUGAGACUCUUCCUCGACAACAUACGCAGUACCAUGCGCUCCGAGUAUCAGCAGAAUAUACCGGAAGACAUGCUCAAACCCAUAACUGAGUCAAAGUCCCCAACAAGCUUACAACAACAAUUAGUGCAGCAACAGCCACAGUCACAGAUUCCACAUUCGCAGGCCUCCGCUCAAUUGCCUUCACUGAUGGCCUACAAGCGACCCAACCUCGACGAGUCAUUGCGCAGUUCGCCUGUGCAAUCGACAUCAGCCAUAAAUUCUUCUAACUCAGUUGCCAACAAAUCAAAUGACAAUGACCUACCUACACCAUCAGAUCAAUUACGUCUCUUCCUAGAUGCCAUACGUUCAAAUAAGAUACCCGAAACUGAUGAGAAACCAAAGCUCGCCAACUCACAAACGCUCGAUUCGUUCAUUUCAAAACCCCUUCAAAUGCCUGACGUCACUUCUGGCACACCUGGCGCUCAACUCAGUGGCAUGCCACCUACACGCCGACGUCCUAAAAGUGCAAUAGCAACCACUAAGAUAGAAAAUGAUCGCGGUGAACACUCAAUGAUCACCUCGGAAAGUUUUCAUCAGAUCUCGGACAAUCUGCGUUUGAUGAGCGAAGAUCUGAAGGCACUCAGUCCCAGCAAGGUGUUGAGCAGCUCCGUGAGCAGUGGAAAUUUGAAAGUAGCUGCCGCCACAGUGACCUCUCUUUCACCCUCUCUAACCUCCGAGCUACGCGUCAUAACUAGUCAUUCCCCACUUAGCACAUCACCGAUAAAUCAGUCCUCGUCACACUAUGCCACCUUGAGCCGAGCGAAUGUUAGCAAUUUUGGUGCCAGCUCUGCUGUAUUCGGAGCGCAAAUAACCACAAACUCACCAUCGCCUUCACAGUCGACACAUUCGCAAUCAACUAGCGCCACGACGACACCAUCAACAGCGCCACUCAUGACCGACUUCAAUGCGAUACUGGACAGUUUCCACGAGAUGGCGGACAAGUACAAAUCCAAAGGUUCCUAUGAUUACUUGCGCAAAUGUUCGGAUGCGUUGCGUCAGCACUCACAACAGCUGAAAUUGCGAGAGCAACAGCAACAAAUGGCCAAUGGUGGUGGUGGAUUCAUGGGUAGCGAUGAUAGCAGUUCAUGUAGCACAACACCGGGUAGUAUUCGCGAGGCGGUGCAAAAUCUAUUGAUGCAACCGAGGAAUGGUUUCCAAAUACUCGAUGAUCGCAUGCGAUUGUUUAUCGACAUCAUCGAUAGUCAAGAUCGCCUGAGUCAGUUCUACAAGCUCUCCAAUGAUAUUGCGUAA